UUGCGCUCGUCAAUCGACCUCGAGAGGUUUGGCGCCUAGAUGUAGCAGAGAUUUACAUUCGUAUCGAUACGUAUACAUACGUAAUUAUGCACGUCACUCUCCUCAAGAUUACCGUCCGCACUCGACGCGAUCGCGAUAAAAUAUGAUACGUGUGUUAUCGAAAAAAUUCGAACAUUCGCGUCCAGAUCGAAGAAGCGUUUAGCGUGCUCGAGAAAAAAGUCUCGAGUCACGUUAUCAGCCGACCACUUUACGUUAAACGCCGAGAUGGCGGACGACGGGCCGCGCGACGAAUCUCUUAAUCCAGGCGCACUUAAAACCGCGAUGCGCCGAUUCAAUUUUGUUUUUCUGAGAUCGAUCGGUUUAUCGGAGGAACGCGAUGCACAACCGUUGCGCAAUAACUUGCGAGAGUUCGACGAGAGAUCAAUGACGACUGGAAAGUUUCGCUUCUGCACGCGAAUGCCAUAGUAUUGUCGCGGUUGUACGUGCGGACUCAGGUCCACGAGUUAGCGGGAGACGAGUGUUUAUCGAUAAAUGCGAGACAAAUAAGAUAGUCGUAAAAAUGGAAUCGCGAUUCGAAAACGUCUCCGGCACGGGUAAAUGAGAUAAACGUUCCGUCGCUCGGUUCGUCUCCACUUCUUUCACGGUCCAAGGCUUCUUUUUGCAGACUGUAAGUCUUGACCCUGGGCACCUCGUUCGCGUAACGAUAAAUAACGCUGAAAGAGUUCGCAUUGACCUCGACCCUUUGUUAUUCGUUAUACGCAACGUUGCAUUUUUCCUUGGCGCCACAUUUCUUCGUAAGGCCCGGUACUCACUUGUGCAACGGCCGCGUGUAUGCGUUUAAUCGUCUACGGAUAUCGGACUCUCGUGAUAUAACGAGCUGCGCGUCGAUUAGAGGAACACGCGACUCCGCGAGGAAGAUCGAAAUUUAGUCCGCGAGGAGGAGGACGGCGACCGGCCGUUGCCAACGACGUUGACGAUGGAAAUUUACCAGGGAUGGAAAUAGUAGAUGAAUCGCAUAAGUACAUUCAAGUGGCUCCAACGUCCGAUUCUCGAUGCGGCCGCGACAUUUUUCAGUCGUGUACGUGUACCGCGUAAAUACACAGGUACACACGUACUCGUUUGGUUCCGGUCUGGCGUCGAGUCUGGUUCGCGAGCGAGCGAGCCUCGAGGGACGAGAGAAGAAACUACAUAUUGCCACAUUUAAAAGUAGUAAUUCCACUCUCGGAGUAACAUGACCACACGCGCCUUCCUAUCCUGACGCGCAAAAGGCUUUUGCGCGUCGCGACAGACGACGUAGCCGAUUUUCAUUCGACGUCGCGUCGGUCUCGCGUAAUUCAACGAUUACUCAACAGUCGGGACGUUAAACAGAAUUUAUCAGAAUUAUCAGUAUCCAACCAUUCGUAAAGACAUGUUUCAAGCGAAAUCAUCGUCUCUUCACCCAACGAGGAACGUUCGACGACGGGUGUUCGUCGAUCGAGUCGGUUUCUAGGAACGACGAUGAAAUUUCAUUGAUGAACGGAAACAGAUCCCAGUUGCCCUCGGGCAACUGUCUACUCGUCAUUGCCCGCGUCACACGACUCGCGAAUCGCGUCCUGACUCAGAACGAUUCACGUAACGCCUACUAUACUUAACGUCGACGAAAUCGUUGGCGACGAAUCGCCCACGUUUCUCGCUGUGAAAGGUCGUUCAGAUUGUAGACACUUUCGAGCGACGCUGAGUCUAGAUUCACCAGUGAGCUCGAUCUAAAUGUGUUCCAUAGCGAUGCCCGCCGAGCUGCUUCUGGGGCACAGUCCUCCAGUGUACAGCUCGCUGCUGUACAGUCCCCUGGUGGUAACGGCACCGACGAUCACCAGCAGGUCGGUGCCGCCCAGGAUAAGGCCGUGUCUAUCGUCCGGUUCCUUGGCCAUCAACAGCAUACGAAACACCAACGAUGGCUGUGGCAAACAGAAAAAGAGGGUGGUCUUCGCCGACGAUCGUGGACGUCCCCUCACUCAGGUUCGCGUGAUGUCAGAACCGAGCAAUGUACCGCCUCUAUGGAGCACGGCUUAUCUCGCUGGGCUGACCGGACAACUUCUGAACACAAAGAUCGAGAACGAAACGACGGAAUCAGCAUCACCCUGGCAGGUGACAUUUCCGCAACCGGCGAGCGAUUACCUCGCGUUCCGUCGGAAACUCGAUCAGGAGAACGUCAGCCUCGAGAACGUGAUAGUGAAAGAGUCGGAACAGUGCCUGAUCGGCACCGUGAAGGUGCGUAAUCUGGCGUACGACAAGGAAGUCGUGGUCAGGGUAAGCAGCGAUGGAUGGAAAACGCACGAGGACGUGCAUUGCACUUACGUCGAGCAGCCCGGAGCACCGGCGCUGAUCUUGUACGACACCUUCCGCUUCCGACUGACGCUGCCGCUCAGAUCGAACGUGAUCGAAUUCUGCGUGCGAUACCGCACCGACGGGAAGGAAUAUUGGGACAAUAACGAGGGAAAGAACUAUAUCGUUCGGAAGAAGUACGAGCCGCGGGCGCCGCCGAAGAGAUACGACAUCCUGACGACGACGUGCGACGGUUUCUCGAGCAACGGCGUCCGAGAAAGUAUACCGCGGAUCACGGACGCGGCUAGGGCGAACGUCCGGACGUGGAGCGAAUUCGCGUCCUGGCAGCAUCUCGCCAACGACGCGCCGUACUGGUGAACACCAACGAGCCUCGAAACGAUGUACGAAAAUCGUACGUAUUCUUCCGAAUCUGCUCGAUUCGACGAUCGCGAGACGAGCGGAUCACGCGGGACCAGGUGGCAUCGGAUCGCGAUGAAGCUCGUUACAUGCGUGCGAUCGCGGGCGAGAGUGCGUCGUUUGCAGAGGAGGCCGGGCGUCUGGAAGAUGGAAACGGAGAAGAGAGAGAUGGGAAGCAACGACGGAGUACGAUCGAAUCGUAUGUCGUGGAAGGACACCGGUCGCGCGGAAAAGAGACGUGUUGGAUCGGAGGUCGAUGGCGCGGAACGAGCGAGAGAGGAGGCGUACCGGUCGUCGCAUUACAUUUACGAUUGCAACGUGUGUAGCCACGCAACCAUGUGCAAGACAGAGAAUCGAGUGCGAUAAAGAGAGACCAAGACGCACGAAUCAAGGGCUUGCCGAAGGCGUCCGUAGAUCGGGGAUGAUCAGGAACGUCGAUGGGUUUUCGUUCAAGAGUGCUUCCCCGAGGCUGCCUGUUCGAAGAUCGGCCUGCGUCUUCUCUCGAUCGUCGACUUCCUCCUCCUCCUCCUACUCCUCUUCCUCCUUCCUGGAACUUGAUCGCCGUCGACUAGGCGACGGAGCGUCCGCUAAGAUAAGUUUCCACCUUCGAAUCGACCGAAUCUCGCCGGUCUCGUCCGUUCCUCUUUCUAUCUUCGUUUCUGUACCUUCUCUGCACAGGGUGGACCGACGAGAGUCAUCGUCGCCUCGCGGUAUCCUCGGAAUUUUUUAAUAUCUUUCGAUCGACGGAUUUUUUUAAUACUAAAUUUCAUUCGAUAGCACUAACGAUUUUCGCGCGAUCAGAGUCGCAUCGUAGAAUUCAUUUUUACCUUCAUGGUUUCAUGGAUUGAAAGUGGCAAUUUUCGUCGAUCCACGUCCGUACACCCUCGCUUCUCUCUAUAUCUAUCUCUAUCGCCUGUCUUCCUUUGGGUAGUUCAUAACUUUUACUCACCACUCACUCACGAUCAGUAAUAUAUCUCCUCUUGGAUGAGGUGGGUCGAGGGUCUUCUCGGGAACAACGUAAUGCGAAUAAUUACGGUUUGGAACUGCUUUUAAAAAGCUAGGUAUACGAUACUUGCGUGUGCGAACGGUUUCGAAAGGAACGACGCAUCUGGGAUAAAAUGUACGCGUACCCACUUGCCGCGACACCGACGACAUGUACACUUAUACGAUUUCGCUAAAGACGUACCGAAUUGAUCGAUGUACAAAGAUAUCGAGCCGGGACAAAAGUAUUAUGCGUUCGGUACCAUAGAUUCGACGAGAAUCUUACUUUUAUCAAGAAGCGAAGUUCCGUGUCAUUGUUGUAGCAAUUACUUGAUGCAUGCCGUAUCCGCGUGUUUCUGGUUCGCGUGACGCAUUCCGAUCGUGACCGUUCGAAAACGCGCAACAAGAACGGGGGUUCCAGGUUGCUAUUUUACAAGAUUGUAAUUACGAGAACAAAAAAAAGAACCGUUGCUUCUCGGGGAGCGUCUCGUGUGUACAGAAGAUCGCCCGACCGGUGCUGAACUACAAUCUGUCCAUGUUUCGUUUCCGACGAUAGACUUCCGUUCGAACGAUGAAUAACAAAAAAGAGAGGCCGAAGUUACGCGAGCUCGUCGGUAUCAAUCCCAUAUCGGUCGUUAUCGUUCGAUAAAUCGGUCACGAACGCUGGUAGAAUCUGGUCGUGUGUCGAUCGAUAAAUUGCUCUAUCCGGAUACAUAUUCAUGUACGAUAAGAAUCAUUUUUCAUUGUUCAUUCGAUUUUUGUCUAUCGGAAAAUUGUAUCGAGAACGGACUGGAUUCGAGUUAGAACGAAGUACGUCCAAUCACGUUUAUACACCACUUCGACGAACGUAAAGGAAAAAUGUUCGCCGGUGUAAAGGGUCGCUGACCCGAGACGGUUUCGACGACAAACACGUCACGUUCUAAGGAACGAUUGCUAACGAUUUCAAGAUGUCUCGGAGUACUCUCAUAUAAUUCGCAAAGAAGCAGUACGUGCCGGAACAAUCGACUCGCACCCAUGUUUCGAUGCCCGACUCUCGGUGCAAAUUCUUCACGCGCGCACGUAACGAGAUUCGAUCCGCUGCUCUCUAUUUCUUGCUUUUUUCCUAUCUCUCCCACCAAGUACAAAGCGACUGACUAUAUUAUAUUUUACUACUACUGUUACUAUCGGAGAGCACCUAUCGUUGACGAUGAGCAUACGAUAAUAUUCUUAUUGCGACAACACGAUGAGGGAGACGCUUACCUCCUCUGCACACUACUCGUGCAUGCCGAUGUGAUCUUUCACGCGUAGCGUACGACUGGUUCGUGCGGACGUUCGUUGUCCUUUGGCCUUUACGCGGUAAUUGCGCGUUCAAACAGAGAAGACACCUGUUCAAGAAACGAGAUUUUCGUUGCAGGGUCGUUGAGGAUGACACGGCGACGAGGAGAAAGGGAGGGCGUCGAGUCGUAGAGUAAACGCCGUGGGUGCAGUUAGAGAAACGUCCGAGAAACUGGGAACCACGGGAAACUCUUUAAAGGGCCGGCUCGCGAUCAUCGCUUCAGUCGAUCUUUCCCUCUAGUACGGUACAGGCAACGUCGUCGAUCCCUUCUUUCCAUCGCAAUAACGGGGCGCCUCUUCGUUCUCAUUCACCAUCACCCACACUCGCGACGGAACACCCGGUGGACACUUCAGAGCAUGUUUUGGGCGCUACGCUUUUCGCAGCCGUCUCGCCGAUGAUCAUCGUUCUUUUUAUACAUGGUCUUCCGCUUUUUUGACGCAUCGACGAUUCUCGCCGUUUCACGAUCUGUCAUCGUAGUCACGCGACUCUUACAGGUGUCGUUGAUCGCACCUCCUCUCAGAUUCUCGAUCCUUGUAUUUAUUUAUUAAUCGUUUUUGUACAUACAAUUUUUUAUACGUUGUUGGUCUUCGAAGAACGAUGAACUUUUAUUUUGGACACGUGCAUAUGAAACGAUUACUGGAGAGUCGGUGACUUCGAUGAGAUUACAUAAUAAACGGCGUCAUCGUCUGUUCAUUCAAGCGUUUAUCCAGUAGUUUGUCACUGGACACACAUAAGCGAUGACUUUGAAUCUCCCAUUCAUACGAGAUCAAAGCGAAGACGUCGCGAUGCAGAUUCAACCUGUGCUCAAAGUGUUCAACGACGAAUCAGUCCGUUUUGUACUUAAAUCUCCUGUUCAGUCCGUCGUAAAUUCGUCGUAUUUUUACGUUGUCUCUAUAGGCUGCCAAAAACGUUGUUCUUCGUAAAAUCAUUGACUCGUAUUCUAGACAAACGAGAUCCGACGUUCUCAUUUAAUCGCAUUCUCAUGAUCACGCGAAUUUCGUUGAUUCCAAUAAUAGCAAGGCGAGACCAAUGUUCGGUCUAGCGAUCGUUAAACACAACGCAUGUAUACGUUAUAACGUUCCUCUCUGCCAUCGUGAUUCAUCUCCCCCAGCACCGACUCCGCGUACGCUUCGUUCGAUCCUACCCUAGCUCGUACCUAUUCGAUUCAUUCCAGAUGUUGUACACGUGAUCGUUUGCCAAUUAAUGAAUUAAGUCUCGAAAGAAUGUCUCGGCGAACGACUGGCUUCGAUGAUCGUGUAGACGCGUAUUAUUAACUUUACAUCGAACGGGAUUAAGCUGAAUGAAACGACGGCUCUGUCGUUGCUCCAUCACAAAGUGCAAUUAGAGCUUUCCUUUUACUCCGUAUACGAGCGCAAUAGCGAUAUUUUCUUAAUAAUAUAUUUAUAGGAACUGAUGAAAAGGAGUGCGACGAACCGAACACCACACCUCAGCUCAGAAAGAGCGUUACCGAAAUGUUGCGACUGGUGUAUCGUGUUCGAAUUUUGCGAUGGUCGAAGUAGCUUUCGCAGAGGAACGACGAACAUCUUUUAUCUUUGCCGUAUGGUCCUUCGCAUCGACGUUCCCCUCGUCGUUCCUCUGCGAAGAAAUCAAAUCGCGAUUCGUUUCGGCCACGCGGGCCGAAUGGAAGAAUGAAAGUGAAGCAAUGAUGAGCCGUGUGUUAAUGUAUGAUCGCAUGAAAGAAGUUGUUUAAACGCGAUGAAAUGUAAUGCCACGGUCGUCGCGUGAUCCGUGGCACGUCGAACACCGGGGCACGAGUUCCCCGUUUUUGGACGAGCGUGCAGAGAACUCGUUCUGCCUACCGUCUCGAGAUCGAUCGUGCACACGAGUACAGCACGUACGUCACCGUGAUUUUUGUCCGUCGAAUUAUUUUGUAAGGCGUAUCGUUGAAGAAAAGAGUUGCGACCACAACAUACGUUCUGUACAACGACGCGACGCCGUUCAAGCAGGCAUGCACGCGAAUCGUGUACUUUGUGAAACAGGAAAGAACGAACGUGAACAAAUUUCCUUUUGAGAGCCGUAAGACUGAUAUCCUAACGCGGAAACACAGAGACUGUAUAUACAUAUAAUCGUAAGAUCGUUUUGCAAGACGCGGGCUUCUCGGGGCUUCGGUAAAACUUGCCCGACGGGUCUUCCUGGUGCCUUUUUCGUCGUCGGUAGACGUACGCGAAUUUCGUUCGUUUAAUCGGUAGUAAGCGAGCGCGGACCGGUCAAGGACCGGAUCGUUUGGACGAUGAUAAGUUUUACCGAGAGCCUCCUCUGUGCCACGAUAACUCCAGCUCCGCCGCUCGUAAAAAUUCAUUUAAACUUUGCGGGAUUGUACAAAGUUCCACUUUCGGACGGGAAACACGCAGUGUAUAUGUAUGUAAUCCUCGUUAAUCAAUCAUGUACGCUUCGUCAUAUUCGUCCCUUUUUUUUAUAGAUAAAGCGAUUAUAUAUUUAGGUA